UGAAAUCUUGCAACACUGGAAAUGUUCAAAAAAUGGCGUAUUCUGACUUUUAGCACAUGUCAAGUUCUCCGGUAAGGAAUAGAAAAAAAAUGGUUUUUAUCAUUGUUGAACUUCAGGAAGUUAAUUUUUAGCAUUCUUUGAGGUCAGAAUCUUUUGCUGUCAUAAAGGGGAAAUAAUAAAGAUCAAAUACCUAUUUCACAAAUAAUGGAAGCGGGUGGUUUUAGAUAUCCUGAGAUUUCAGAGGAUUAUUCAGUGAGAGUUACAUUGCAAGAGACAACUGGAAAUUUCAAACUCUUAUUUUCUGUUAGUGUAACUCCUACAAAAUUAAUAGAUGACAUAUUUAAGGAGGUUGCCGAAAAAUAUGCAUAUCAGACAGAUGAAAUUGAAAUUGUAUUUAGGACUGAACAUAAUUUUACUGCUUUAAGUGCUAUUAAAGAUAAUACUUUAUUGGAAGCUGAUUUAUGGCCUAUUUCCACGGAUGAUGAAUUUACUCUUAUACCUCCUAAAAAUAAAAAUAUGUCUUUAUCUGUAUCUGAUGUCCCUGAGGACGAUUUACUGCUAGGAGCUUCAGCCAGUCCAACAAUCGAAUUUGCCACUAGUGAAGAAUGUUCAUCAAUAAAAUUUAAUUAUGAGUCCAUUGGAUUUCAUAACCAGGGUAGAAGGAAAGCAACUCAGUUAGAGCCUAUUAUAGUUGAGUCAUCGAACUAUGUAGGAUUAGUAAACCAAGCAAUGACAUGCUAUCUUAACAGCUUAUUACAGGCACUUUUUAUGACCCCUGAAUUCAGAAACGCUCUUUAUAAUUGGGAAUUCGAUGGAUCUCAUGAGACUAGAUCGAUUCCUUAUCAGUUGCAAAAGUUGUUUUUGAAUUUGCAAACGUCAACAAAAUCUGCUGUAGAAACAACAGAUUUAACAACAAGUUUUGGAUGGCAAGGUAGUGACGCUUGGCAUCAACAUGAUAUUCAAGAACUUUGCAGAGUUAUGUUUGAUGCAUUGGAACAGAAAUUUAAAGACACUAAACAAGCGAACCUAAUAAAUGAUUUAUAUGAGGGGAAAAUGUUAGAUUAUGUUAAAUGUUUGGAAUGUGGAACGGAAAAGUCUCGUGAAGAUUCAUUUUUAGAUAUUCCCUUGCCAGUUAGACCAUUUGGAAGCACUGUAGCAUACAAUAGUGUCGAGGAAGCUCUGCGUGCAUUUGUACAGCCAGAAACUUUGGAUGGCAAUAACCAGUAUUUUUGCGAGAAAUGUAAUAAAAAGUGUGAUGCUCACAAAGGACUUAAAUUUACAAAGUUUCCUUAUUUACUUACGCUACACCUAAAACGUUUUGAUUUUGAUUACAAUACCAUGCAUAGAAUUAAAUUAAAUGACAAGGUGGUUUUCCCAGAGAAAUUGAAUUUGAACGCUUUUGUUCCUGCUAGUAAAAGUGAGAAUGAUCAAGGGACUGCUGAAGGAGAGACAAUUGUAAAAUACGAUGAUUGCAGCACCACAGAUUCAGGUUCAGCUGAUGAUGAAAGUUGUCAGGGUACUGAUUUGUCUUCAACAGUUAAUGGCCAAGAUGACAAUUGUGCUGAUAGUGAUGAAGGCAUAGAUGUUAGUUCUGGGAAUAACCACCAUGAAAAUGAAGCUAAAGGUCCUUAUCUCUAUGAUCUUUUCAGUAUUAUGAUUCAUUCUGGAAGUGCAUCUGGUGGCCACUAUUAUGCCUAUAUCAAAGACUUUGAUAAAAAUUUAUGGUUUUGUUUUAACGAUCAAAGCGUCACUCCAAUAACAGAGGAUGAUAUAAGGAAAACCUAUGGGGGAGGACCACAAAGAACAUAUUAUUCAGGAGCUUUCAGUUCUAGUACAAAUGCAUAUAUGUUGAUGUACAGACAGAUAGAUAAGGAAAGAAACAUAAACGCUAUGACGGUAAUGGAUUUCCCUCCGCAUAUUAACAAACUAUUACAUCGUAUGAGGCAAAAAGAAGAGGAAGAUCGAAUUAUCAGAAAAAAAGAAGAUGAAAUGAUAAAGAUAACAGUGUCUUGUUGUAUAGGCGGCCUAUUGAAAGAAGUUAAAAUAUCUACAUUUUCCGAUUCUACGUUAGCUGAAGUCGCUCAGCACGCCUAUAAUCGCCUUAGACUUGAUGGUUCUAAGGAUUCGAAAGACUGUCGAAUUGUUGCCUACAAUAAAAAAAAUCGGUGUAUUGAUACUAGUUUUCCUUCUGAAGAGAUAAAGUUCCAUGAUAUUAUACAGUCAAAUAAUCUGCAUUAUUCCGAGUGGAUGUUGGAAGUUCGAGAACCAGGAACACCUUGGAAAGAAUACAAAAAAGGCGGCAUUAAUAUGAGUGCAUAUUUAAUAAAUAUUGAAAAUGAAGAUAUAGCAUAUUCUAAAGUUGUUCGAGUUGAUGUCGAUGACACUGUUGGAGAUCUGAAACAAAAGUUAGGGGAGUUAUUUACCGUAGAACCUGGUAAUAUUAAGGUUGUUUUACAAAGUUAUACCAACGAACAAAAGUAUUUGAAGGACGAUUCUGAACUGGUGAAUUUCGAUUCAAACUUUUCGGAAUAUAAACUUUUUAUAGCAAAUAUUAUAGAUAAAGAUUCGGAAAAUUUGAGGAAAAAUAUAAGUAAACUGAAAAAAAUCGCAGAGUUGUAUAGCCAUGUCAUUGCAUUAUCGAUAACUUUACCAGUUACUAGUGAAGCUAUUCUGGAAUCCUUAUCAAUACCUUUAUUAGAUACAAAUCUAAAUUUAGAUAGACCUGAUCAAAACAUUGACAGAGCGAGCACAAGUUCUCCAGCUUUAAGAGUUUCACCUCAACCAGGGUCUGGUGGAAUGUGUGGUGAUGGGUACGAUCAGAGCAAUAGCGAAGAUAGUAGUCUUAGUGAUAGCGACAGAACUCUUAUUGGGGACGCGCCAACCGAUUGCGUGGACCUUCUCUUAAGCAAUUCGGCUUCUCCAGCUGACCAACAUAUGGCUUCUCCUUCUGACCCAUGUCGAGAUACUUACAAUUAUGACGUUCUGGGCAGGCCUGGCGAUGAAAUGAGUUGGGAUGAUGCCGAAACGGAAACAGAUCUUCAUAGGGUAUCAUCUCAGUUCCUCCUCUUUAAGUUAACAACAAUAUUAGAUCAUUUUGUAAUGCCAGACGAAGGAGAAUUUAAUGUAUACAGUGCUUUAGUAGAUAAAAGAAUAACUUUGGAGGCGUUGAAAAAACACUUAGAAUCCACGUUAAGAGUUUCUUCUGAAUAUUUUAAGGUUUUUAAACAUCAUGCGAUUGUAAAUGAUGAACUAACAAGGCUUAGUGAGACCCUGAGGUUAUUUACGAAAGGCGAUAUGUUAAUAAUUAAAUUAGGACGAGUACUAAGGGAAGACGAACACCUCUGUAAGAUCUUUCAUUUAACACCUGACAAUAUGGACCCGAAUAAUUUAUUAUUUGAACAUGUUAUUACCAAAAAUCAAACAGUACUAUCUGUUAAAAAAGAAAUAAUACAACACGCGAAGAAAGAAAAACAGUUGGACAUUGCUCACGAGAGAUGUAGGUUGAGGGAGAAGAACUGGAAAAAGCCAAAAAAGGUGUAUUUGGAUGAUCAGAAGUUUGGCGAUGAAAUUAUGUUUCCAUAUAAUCUCGAAUUGUACCUGCAAGAAUUAUCUGAACCGGAGACUGUAACAUCAAAUAAUCAGUUUGUGGUAUUUUUAAGGAAGUGGAGCCCUUCUGAAUUAGAACUUGGCCCAUUUGAAGAGGUUGUAUUGGACGUGUUAAGCAUGGAUUACUUCAAAACGAAGAUUUCAACAAUUUCGGGUAUCCCAGUAGAGAAUUUAAAUGUGUCCCAUGUUAAAGGGAAUUUCCCUUGGGAUAUGCACUUGUUAGAGAUUCACUUAAACUUAGAAUGGGACCCGAAGGUGAAAAGUUUGGAUCAGUGGCCAAUAAGUGUAGAAGAUGGAUGCAUGUUUUUCUACAAAGACAGUACGGAGUCCCCUAAAGAAUUAACGCCGGAAGAAAAGAAAGAAAUCAAAGACUCGGAGGACGCCAGGCUAGGUAGAUUUAGCACAAAGAAUUACUCUCCAGGUAGAGAACGAGCCUUAAAAAUUUACCUGUACGAUUCUUCCACCUCCAAACACGAGGAGGAAAUAGACUGACAUGUCUCCAAAAACUACGAACCGUUCAGUUACUGCGUCCUCAGCUGAGCGACGGUCAGCGGAGCACGUGUCGCGGUAAACUACUAUUCGGGGUGGUCGCUAAUCUAAACAUUAAUCGAAAAUAAAUAUUUACAGGGUGGGCCAAUAAGUACACGACAAAUGGGAUUUUUUGAAAUGCGAGUUAUUGAAAAAAUUUUAUUUCAAAAUUUCUUUCAUCUGAUAAACACCGUAAAUAAUUUUGAUGUAUGCCAUUACAGAUUACAAAAAUCGUCUUUCUAACAAAGCUAAAGGACACGGCCGUUUUAGAACUCUUACCGUUCUGUGGAUAAUUGUAAUAAUUAAAAAAUGACAAUUUCUGAAAUACAAAACUUGUAUUAAUAAUGACUUCUAGAAAAGAAAAACUUCAACCUAACAUUUUUUUUAAAUAGUUGAAUUGUUAUUGGAUAUGGUGAAGAAAUUUUAUAUCAACUUUCUAUCAAUAACUCAUUAAUAAAAAAUCUAUUUGUUGCGUACUUUUUUGCACAUCCUGUAGAAUUAAGCACACCACGAAAUCGCGUUGCUUUAUUGGCUGCCUGUUUUCUUACCUUGUUGUGCAAUCAAUAUAAUUUUUACGAACUAUUCACAAUAACUGACAAGAAAUGUGAUUAAAUAAUUUUGAGUUGAAAAUGCGGUUCUGUGGUGUAUUUAGUUAAUAUUUAUUUGUGUUAAUACUGUACUUUCGGACAUAACAAAACGUUACAGGUUAGAUGUAAUUUGUUGUAAUAUGUUAAAUUUUAAAUUAGUCGUGGCUAAGAUUAAAGUAUUUAUUUAUAUUUUUUAUACAAAAUUGAAGUUUAUACAAAAUAGAACAGUUUUCUCUGUUUUUUAUGUUCAAAAUUUAAGAAAUAGUUCAAAGCAAAAGGGGGCACUGUUUAGUCUAGUGAUUUCCAAUACAAGUGCAAAUAAGUUAAUUGUUAAAUUAUCAUAAGAAAUUAAUUAUUGUUGCAUUAUGUGUUAGUUGUACAGGGUGGGUCAAAUUGGACGCUUUUAAAGGGAAACACCCUUUUCUAUAGGAGAUAGACGAAAACUAAUAUC